UCUAACACAUUGCUUUGUCGCGAUCGACGUUGCAAUUGUUAUUGGUGCUGUGAGUGAGUUGGCUUGAUGGCUGAUGUUCAUGCUAAAUACCAGAAGUUGGCGCAGGAAUAUUCCAAAUUGAAGGCUCAAGCGCAGGUGCUGAAGAAGGCUGUUAUAGAUGAGCAGAAUAAGAAUGCAGACAAAGAGAGACUCAUUGCAGAGAGAGACAAAGCUGGUGUUGAGCUGCAGGAGGCAGUUCGUGAGAAAGAGAAAACGGUAAGGAAAUGCAUGCAGGAGAUGGACAGUUUGGGUUUCAGAAAUCAACAAUUGUUCAAGAGAGUUUCAGUACUACAGGAGGAGAUGGAUACGUUACAGAAAUCAAAGAAGGGAAAGUCUAAUGUGAAGUCAGACAUCGUCACUGAAGUUCAUACACAAGAACUCCAAGCUAAAAUAUCAGAAAACGAACGACUCCACCAAGAAGUUGAUUCAAUCUCACGAGAUAAAAAUGCAACAAUAAACGAGUUAGAGAGACGACUGAAUGUAUUGGAAACGCAAAGUCAGACGCAUAGCUCUUCAGUCGAGGAUUUGAAUAGGCAGCAUCGUAUGGCAUUAGACAGGCUGCAACAGGAGAAAACAAGGCUGGAGUCUCGUACACACAGCCAAGAGACUGAACUCAAGUCAGCAGUGAAACGAGCAGAUGCAAGUGAGAGCGAGUUGAAAGUGAUGAAGCAAGAACUUUCUGCUCAAAUAGAAACGAUGAGUAAAGUGAUAGCUGACAAACUAUCAUUUAACGACUCGUUAAAAGCUCGAUUGAAUGUCUUGAAUGUGCCACCAUACGAUCGACAACACCAAGCAAAGUCUGAGGAACUAAUCACUCAAGCAGGCCGUCUCAUCAAGGACUAUGUAGCCGCACUCUCCAACGUUCUCUCCUACACUGAGCAACGCUCUCGCAUAUUUGUGUCUGAAGUGACCGGAGGCGCUCACAUCGGGCCUGUGAACGAAGUGUUUUGUAAGAAUCUUCACGAACAUGCCAGAUACCUGAGACCACUGAAUACAUCAUAUGCUGCAUUCAAGGACUCUGUGAGAUCGGACGUGCCGAUUACGUGGGAUGUAAUCAAUGGUUUAGCAGAAUUUGUGGCAGCACAUCAUCGCUAUGCCUGCUACAUGAGCAAACUCCUUCCUUACCAGCUGCUAAGCAUCGAGGAGGAAUGUCGUCAGAGUGUGUGUACAAGCGUGUUGGAGAAGAGGAACAUGGCGCUACAUACGUCAUUCAAUAGAAUGACCAUCGUCAUCUCAAAAGUCAAUUCUCAUUUACAGUCAGUCACUCUAGCGGGGUGUUCUCGUGGCAUUGCUCGGAGUAAUCUUCCAGUUGCAUUUAGUCUUUUCUGUGACUGCUUGGUGCAGCUGCACAACGUGUUUCGAGAUAUUUCGACUCAAUAUUCAGCUAAAAUGACACAAGAACAUCAGUUGCCAACAGUUGGGCAGAAACUCAAAACAACAGACGAAUGCAUGCUGUCAUCCCUAACCUCAGUUGUCAGCGCAACAGGAAAGAUAUCCCAGUUUGUCAGCAAAAACUUAGAGUUUUUCACUGGAGCCACGAGCUUUGGAACAAACAGUUCGAUGGUGAAUGAGCCACAUUCCACGUCGAGAGCUGUCGCAAGCUUCAGACAACAAGCUAGAGAAUACAUGGAAAAGAUAGCAAGGCCACCCCCGUUGUCUAUAUCGUACGAACUUGCUCUGAGAAGCAGUCAGGAUGCAGUCAGCUCGUCUGAGAGCAGAGAGUCUCUCGCACAGCAAAUAUCACAGAGCAGAGAACGAAUUGCAAAACUUGAACAAGACAAAGAAUACUGGAUGCUAGAGGCACAGCUAACCAAAAUCAAAUACGAGAAAGAGCAGAAGAAAUCCAUCGCAUUGGAAGAAGAGAUAAGCCGCUUGAAAGAUGAGUUGAGCUUAGGAGGAGCCCCUGUGCCUGUCCAGCUCUCGUCUCGACAGACAAACCAGAAGAUGAUGCUUCAGCCUGUGGUGGCUAAUAGACUGGCAUCUCCUCGUUUGGGUGGAGUGGAAGAGACUUCAGAGUCAGUUGAGUCGGAGCAAGACACAAGAGAAACGCUCAUCAAGAAUCAUUUUUCUAAUAGAAUCUCUGAGCUGACAAUGCAGCUACAACAUUCUGAUGCAAAAGCCGUCAAUUAUGAAGCUGAGUGUCGUGCACUUCACAAGCAUCUACACUUGAGUGAGAGAGCUAAAGACAAACUAGCUGCUGAGCUUGAAUUGUCACAAGAAAGAAUACAGAAAUUAGAGGACGAAUUGACGACGACUAGUCACAGCUAUGAUGCACAAUUGAGUAUGAUGAGUGAUCACCUGUGUGGAUUGAAUGACAAAUUGACAUCACAGCAGGAUGAGAUCGAUGUACUGAAAAUGAAAGGCGGCAAAAAGAAAAAAUAGAAUUUCAGGUUUUCAGGCAAGGAGACAAGCCUAAUUGUUUGAUAGACAAGGAAACCUUGUAAUUGUGUAAUUUUCAAUUUUUGUUUGCCGGUAAUACAAACAUGUUGAGGUA